AUGUCUAUAGGUUACAAGGACAAUUUAAUAUCGACCAUUCUAGCCAAGGAUGGGAAAUGCGACUUUCCAGUCAAUUUUGACUAUUCAUCUUCUCAGAUAACCUUAAUGCCUGAAAUGUUUUCGUUCAAUAACGAACGGAAAUAUCAAACUCUGAUACCCUUAAUGAAAACAUCACAUCUAGUUGAUGAUGAUUUGAAGGAUAAGCUGAACAAGUGCGCUUUGGAUUUUUUUUCUGGAAAACAAUCCAACAGAACAAGUGAUAUAAUUAUGUCGAAACUAACUGCGAGCAAAGAGGCUUCGCCAGAAUCGCCGUUGCAUAAUGUUAACGUAGUGAAAAUGGAAAAUAUCGAUCAUAUCCAGCCAGACGUAUAUAGUUCGGCUAGGAUAAAAAAAUCCACCAAAGCUGUAAUGAAAUUAAAACCCACAAAAGCUCAUUCGACAGGACAGAGAACACGCCAUUUUUGUAAGAUCUGCUCGACUGGGUUUACCACUUCUGGCCACCUUUCAAGACAUAAUAGAAUACAUACAGGCGAGAAAAAUCACAUCUGUCCACACGAGGGCUGCGGGCAAAGGUUUAGCAGGCAUGAUAAUUGUAACCAACAUUACCGUACCCACGCGAAUAAGAAGAAACGAAACUGGAAACGAAGGGAAACCAGCAGUUGA